AUGACUUCCGGCCAGCGAGCUGAUGAAGAGCCCGGCGCAUAUACAUAGAUGCAGGACUGAGAUUGGUUCAUCUCUACAUAUGGCUUCCCAUGAAUUCCAGUCAUAGUUCCUGACGAUGGACAAGGACAGGAAUCAUAUGUCUGAGAAAAUACUGAAUCUCACGCUGGAGAUCAUCUAUUUACUGACCGGAGAGGAUUAUGCACCUGUAAGCAGGUCUACUCUGCAUGUCUCAAGAAGCAGCGUUCCUCAUAAGUCUGAAAGAUCAUGCAGGACCCAGAGUGUCCUAAUGGAUCAGGACAAAAAGCAUGAUAAGAAGAUCCUGGAUCUCACCAACAAGAUAAUACAGCUGCUGACCGGGGAGGUUCCUGUACGAUAUGAGGACAUCAUGGUCAGUUUCACCAUGGAGGAGUGGGAAUAUGUAGAAGGACAUAAGGAUCUCUAUAAGUAUGUCUUGAUGGAAGAUCAGGACCUUGACAGUAGUAAAGAUUUAAAAAUGGAAGAAGCUGAAGUGGAAGAUGACCAUGGUUUGCCUGCACCACCCUGCUUAAAUGAAGAUGCAAGAGACAUACAAGCCAAAGCAGGCAGUAAAGCUUCUAAGUGUAGAAAACCCUGGAGAAGACGGGCCAAGUUCUUUAGCAAACGUAAGGACAAAUUUGCUCCCCUUAAGAACAUGCCUACAGAUGACAGGCCACCAGAGAACAUACCUAUCAAUAGUGAAUCUUGUAUGAAUGAAGAUGGGAACUCUAGUGGUGAUGUUAUGUAUUCAGCUACAAAUGCCCACAAUCCUUCAAGUGAGAUAAAACCUCUCAGUGAUGGGAGUUAUGCUCUCAAUGAUCAUACACAGGAUUCAAAUACAGGUACCCAGACUAAGCAACAGUUAUCAGGUACUAAAGGGAAUUCCACAGGCGAGGAUGUAGAUGCCAAACCUAGUCAUCCAGAGUUCUCGUCCUGUAUUAGAGAAUCCCCUAUAGAUACAUUUAUAGCCACAUCUCAUACACAGGCACAGUAUUUGUGUACUCCUAUUAAGGAGGAAGCUGUACCCCCAGAAGCUGAUAAUUAUGGACCUACACAAUAUCCAUCUACACAUGACCAGGAAGAGUCAAAUGGCACAGGGACUAAUAUUUAUGAUGUGAGCCCUACACAAUACACGCUAGCUCAUAUUAAGAGAGAAUCUGUCCUUUGUGAAGACGAAGCCGAUCUACAUUCUUCGAUUUACAUACUACCUGAUCACACGCAGACACCUAGUCAGGUUAAGGUGGAACCCGUCUCUCAGGAAGAGGGCUAUGAAAUAUACAUCCCCACAGACUCUACUCAGAGACUUCAUACAUCAGGAUCUAGGCAGACAAUGAACAGAAACAAAGGUGCAUCAAAAACAUACAAAAGAGUUUCUGUAACAAAAUAUAGGGAUUGGAAUAAAACUUCUGAAAGUGCGCCAUAUACAAACCACCAGGUUGUAGAGGGGAUGUACGUCUGCUCUACAUGCGAGAAAACCUUCACGUCACACUUUGGCCUUGUCAAACACCAGGCAAUGCACAAUGGGAACAAGGUGUCUUGUCCACAGUGUGGCAAAUUAUUUCUCUACAAGUCAAGCCUGGUCAUACAUCAGAGGAUCCAUACGGGGGAAAAACUUUUCACUUGCCCUGUAUGUAACAAAUGCUUCACCAACCACUCCAAUCUGGUCGUACAUCAAAGAAUUCACACGGGAGAAAAACCAUUUGUUUGCUUGGAAUGUGGUAAACGUUUUGGACACAAAGGCCACCUGAACCGCCACCUCAAAACUCACGAGGCAGAGAAACCAGCCACCAGCAUUGAGAACUAUGUCAACAACAGCUUGCGAGACCAUUGGAAUUCCCGUAAAAUAAAUGGCUGGUCACACAACAUUUAUGACACUGGCAUAUAUUCUACGUACAACAAACGUGUUUAGUAGAUGGCGUAUUUCACAUGCUAAUAUAUUUCUUUGUAUUUGCUUGGUCUUUGCCCCUUUUAUUUCCAGAUUAAAAGGAAAUAUAUAAAAAAGAA